GGCACGAGAGGAGGAAGCGAAAGGGGGAGGCGAGCGCCAGGAGGAUCCAGCUGGGGCCACGCUGCAGUCAUGGCCCAGCCCAGAGCCUGUCAGGAGCAGGAGGACAGAUUGCAUGAAGUGAAUCUCUCUACCCAGAGGCUGCGUGUGCUCCCUCCCUCAGUCCUGAGCAAUUCCAUGCUGGAGAGCCUUGACCUUGACAGGAACAAGCUCAGGAGCAUCACUGGCAUUUCUAAGCUUUGCAACCUCAAGAAGCUGAUAUUGUCCAAGAAUGAGUUUGUGGACUUUCCCAAUGAAAUCCAGAGCCUGGUCUGUUUGGAGAGGCUUGAGCUGAAUCAGAACCAAAUCCGGAUCAUCCCAGAGGGGGUUUUUUCCCAUCUCCCCAGGCUUAAGCACCUGCGGCUGAACAACAACCGUCUGUGUGCCCUCCCCAGGGACCUGGCAGCCUGUGGGGGCAGCCUCCAGUACCUGAACAUCUCCAACAACCUGUUCCGCACCUUCCCGCAGCCCGUCCUGCAGCUGGCACGCUUACAGGAGCUCCAUGUGCAGAACAACGCCCUCCGCCAGCUCCCCAGGGAGCUCUUCCAGGGACAGUCCCUGAAGACGUUUAAGGCCAGUGGGAACCCUCUCCGUGAGCCGCCCAGUGAAGUGUGUGCUGGUGGCAUUCGGCAGAUUCGGAAUUACUUCAACCAGCUUCAGCAUGGUUCGGGGCAGGAGGACAAGAGGGUCAAGACCAUGUUCCUGGGGGCCUCGCUGGCAGGGAAGUCCACCAUCUGCAGGAGCCUGAAGCAAGGGCGAUCCAAACUGGUGCCCAAGGAAGAGCGAACAGUUGGGAUAGAGAUCAGUGAGUUCCAGAUCGAGGACUUCACAUUUCUCUUCUGGGAUUUUGCUGGCCAGCUGGAAUACUACAUGACUCACCAUGUGUUCAUCACCCCACAGGCGCUCGUCAUCCUCGUCAUCAAUCUUCACAUGUACCAAACUAAUGACAAAACUUUCAAGGAGCUCGUUGGUUUCUGGAUCAACAACUUGUCCAUGCGAGUCCCAAACUCAGUGGUGCUUCCUGUGGGAACCCAUGUGGACUGCUGCCAGGAGCAGGAGGUAGCAGAGAAGACCCAUGACAUCAUGGCCAGGAUCACAGCCAUGUUGGCAGAGAGAAAAAGCAACCUUGCUCACUUCAUCGACAACCUGGAGGGCAGUGAGGAGCCCAAGUUUUACGUGGACCAGUGGGAGAGGCUGAAGGAGAUGGAGAGCUGCACAUUAACUAUCUUAAACUUAGUUGCUGUCAACUGCACGGAUCACCGUGCCAUCAGAAAGCUCGAGGCCACUAUUUUGAAGCAUGUGAGGAAUGAGGAGCUCUUCCCGGAGGUUGUCCGAGUGCUGCCGCCUGUCUACAGGCAGGUGGAAGCUGCCAUCGCGGAUAUUGCAGGGAGCGAGGAGGUGGCCGACCACGGCAUGAUGGACCUCCAGUACCUGCUCAGCAAACUCUCCCAGCGCGAGAACUUGGCCAGCCUGAGCAGAGAGCUCCUCCGGGACAUCUUGCGGUACCUCCACCGCAUCGGGCUCGUCGUGUGGUAUGAGGAAAUCAAGCACUUGGAAAGCACUGUCUUCCUCCAGCCUACAUUUCUAAUAACCAUGUUCAAGCUCCUGGUGCGGCACCAGCUCGUCCAGCAGCUGGAGAGCGUCUCUGUGGAGACGCUGAUCGGGGAACACGCCACCAUCAGAGACAGGGCCAACUGGGUGUGGACCUUCAAGUCCAAGGCAAUGCUGUGCCACCAGGCUGUGCGUGCCUUGGUGAAGCACCAGCUCUGUUCGGAAGGCAUGCGGGAUGUCUUUGAGGAAAUCAUGGGACCCAGGCCUCACAGAGGGAGAGGGAAGCUCUUCAGCCUCCUGGAGCACUUUGAGCUCUGCAUGGAGGUGAAGCACACUGAGGCACUCAACCCACAGGCCAGGGAGUUUGUGCCUGGGCAGCCAUGGGAGACAACACAGAGCCAAGGCAAGUCCUGGUACUUGUUCCCCACCUAUCUGAACCAGACAGAGGAAGUGUCUGAGGUCUGGGGAGGAGAUCACCUCGAGGACCUCCACAUCCGUGCCUACUUCUCACCCGAAAUACCUGAGGGCUUCUUCCAGAGGUUCCUGGUGAAAGCUUGCUCCUUCUAUUCCACACACUGGGUGGCCAAGGUGACCUGCCUGCUUGUAUACAAUGGCAAACCUCUGCUGAUCAAAGAGAAUAACCAGAGGGCCUACAGCUACCUGGAGCUCCGCAGCAGAAAGCCAUCAGAAAGGACAGGGUUCCAGUUUGCUUGGGAUUUCCUCGUGGCAGUUGUGCUCAUCACCCAGAAGCUCGCUGAGGAGUGGCCGGGGCUGCACGUGUGUGUGAAGUCUCCCUGCCGAACGUCCGGCUGCCCAGCAGAGUUCCUCUGGCCAGACAUGGAUGGCACAGGUGCCACGACAAAGGAAGACGUUAAAACCUGCGGGACGUGUGGACACCGCUUUGGUGCAGAGCUGCUCCUGCCCAAAGUACCCAGGCCACUGGAGGAACCCCCAGCACAGCCAUCUGCUCACUAUUACGUGACAAGCUACGGGACCACCACCUUUGGGCCCAGCAGCAUCCAGGUCACUCGGCAGAACAUCUCCAGUGAGUAACUCUGGGCGGCGCUCAAUGAAGAAUUACUUUUGUUUAGCCCAGGCCAAGCUGUCCUCAACACAUUCUGCUUGUGACUUAUGUUUGCAGCCUUUAUGCAGGAGAAUAAAUGCAUUGAUAAAUGCAUCCCUUCACACUGGGAAGUCACUUCAUCCACUCAAAUUUAAGGGGAAGAAGGUGCUGAUAAAGCUCUCUGAUACCAGCCCUCCCCUGCCAGCAGGGACUUUGCUGAGACAAGGCUGGGCACGGGCUCCCAUGGUUUUGGGGGUAGAAGGGGGUGGUGAAGAUUUCAGACUGAUAGCAGAGGCAGAUAUCCAGGCAAAAGAGGACAACAUUUCUAUAUAUAUAUAUUUUUUAACUUGGAAAAAAUAAGAAAAUACAUCUGUA